AUAUGAAUGGUUCUUCUUCCCUAAUUUAAAUUUUAAACUACCGUAGUAGUGUUUGAUUUUUCAAAUUUUCCAUUUUCCACUCUAUUACAUUAUUACUACGGUAGACUCCUAGCACACUCCGCUUUUCAAGCACAAAACAUCCAUCGCGCUCCCCCGAGAGAGAAUCGCUAAACCUCCGAUUGGGCACAAAAUAAAAAAAAAACAAAAAAUCCAGAGAACGAACGAAACAAACAAAGAAACUAACAAAACGGCACGCCGCAAACACUUCCAAACCAAAAACACAAACAAGAAAGAAAGAAGAACAAGAUUUUCAAACAAACCUGUAGUAGAAUCGUUAGGGCCGGAUAUUCGAGUUUCUUUCCCUUAUGUAAUGCAUCAGAAGAAAUCAGAGGUUCAGAUCGGGAAAGAAAGCGUAGGCGUCUCUUCCGAUUUCAAUCCGCAAUUCCAAAAACACCCCUACCACCGCCACCAGCAAUUCUACCCCCAAAUCGAAAUCGACAUAUCCCCCUCCCUCCCACCACAGCAACACAACACCGCGCCGCAGCGAACCACCCCCCCUUCUCUCUCCAAACAGAAGCAUAUUUUCAAGCCCCAGAAUGCCGCCUUCUUCUCCGUCACCGUCGCCGCGAAGAGCGCCGCGUUCCGCAUGCUGCGGCGCGUGAGGCGCCAGCGCGCGUUGCUCCUGCUCGCGAUCCCGCUCCUCUAUCUCUACUUCCUCGUCUCGCGCUCGUUCCUCCUCGACCUCCUCUCCGCCAUCGCGUUCUCCGCCGCGCUCGUGUUCUCUCUUAACCUCGCUUUCCCUUUGCCGUUCCGCUCGAUUCGCCUCAAGGCGGCCAAGAAUUCUGCCUCCCGUCCCGCGGCGGCGCUGCCUGUGUUCUGGACGAUCGGGUCGCGGCAGAAGACGGAGAAGCGCGCGGCAGCGUCGGGGUGCUGGGUGCAGGUGUUUGGGAACGGAGACGUUUACGAAGGGGAGUUUCACCGAGGGAAGUGUUCGGGGAGUGGGGUGUAUUAUUACAGCAGGAGCGGGAGGUACGAGGGUGAUUGGGUAGAUGGAAAGUACGAUGGGUAUGGGGUGGAAACGUGGGCGCGCGGGAGCCGCUACCGCGGGUGUUACUGGCAGGGGCUGAGGCACGGGUUUGGGGUGUAUAGGUUUUACACCGGGGAUGUGUAUGCUGGAGAGUGGUCCAAUGGACAGAGCCACGGGUGUGGGGUUCACACGUGCGAGGAUGGGAGUCGGUAUGUUGGGGAGUUUAAGUGGGGGGUUAAGCAUGGCCAUGGGCAUUACCAUUUCAGAAAUGGAGAUACAUAUGCGGGUGAAUACUUUGCAGACAAGAUGCAUGGUUUUGGCAUAUAUCGUUUUGCGAAUUGCCAUCGUUAUGAAGGAGCCUGGCAUGAAGGCAGAAGGCAAGGACUUGGAAUGUAUACAUUUAGAAAUGGUGAAACCCAAUCUGGUCACUGGCAAAAUGGAGUCCUUGACAUUCUAAGCACACAGAACACCACUUCUCCAGUUUCUCCAGUUGGUGUCUAUCAUUCCAAAGUACUCAAUGCAGUGCAGGAAGCAAGACAAGCCGCAGAGAAAGCCUAUGAUAUGGCCAAGGUAGAUGAAGGGGUGAACAGAGCUGUAGCAGCUUCUAAUAGAGCAGCCAAUGCAGCUAGAGUAGCUGCUGUAAAAGCUGUGCAAAAACAGAAUUAUCAUGUUAACAGUGAAAGCUUCUCAAUUCCUGUUGUGUAAAGAGUAUCUCAGCUGCUUUUAUAUUAGAAGAGAAGCUUGAGAUUGUAGAAGAAAGCAGCUUCACUAGGUGGCUACACUAGUUUAAGCAGCUUCAUGUCCACAGCAAUAGUUGCUUUUGGCAUUAUGCUUUCUUUGAUUUGAUCUUUUUGAUUAUUUUCUCCUAGCACCUUACCAUCAGGUAGCUGGCUGAAAAAAAGGCAGAUUUGUUAUCUAUAUCUGCUGCGGUCCUUGUAUAGAGGGAGGAAGGGUGAUGGCUUCCAUAUGGUGAAAGUAUUCUAUGGAUAACUUUUCAUUUUCCCACUUUUUGUAAAUUUAUUUAAAUGCAGGUGUGCAGGUGAAACCUACAACCGGCUACUGUUGUAUAAUCGCUUGGUAAAAUAAGGAGAGGAGGAACGUAUACAAUAAAACUUUUUUUUUUCCUAACUUAAAAAGUUGUUUGGGUUAGAUUUGGGAAUGAUGUGUUGUAAAUUUAAUUAACUGAGAAAAACAGUUUACCAGUCUUAAUAAAUAAGUUCAAUGGUACAGAUAAA